AUGGUCUCUAGAACAUCAUCAAACGACAAUUCUUCUUCCAACAACAUCACUGAUGAGAAAAUUCCAACAAAAACCGAAUGGGUCCGAUCUCAGCCCAUUGAUAUUACCAAACGAUUACCUAAUUUUGAUAUUGAUACAUGCAAUGUGAUGAGUGGAACCCGACGAAGAAAGAAUUUGGAUUAUCAUGUCUCAAAUUUAACUGGAAUGCAAGUUACUGUGAAACGAUCCUCAAACAAUACUUUUGAAAAGAGAUCAUCCACGCCCUCUUCGAAAAUCACAAAAUCAAGAAAGAUGAACAAAUGA